GCGUGUUACUUCUCAACUGUACUCUACUGUUCAUGUAAUGUUUUUGACAGAUUUUGGCGCAAAGCAAAAGAAAUAAUCUAUUUCUACAUGGUCUAAGUAUGCCUUCUGAAGAUUCAACUUCAUCUUCGGGAAGCAAUGAACCAGUAGCAGAAAGCAGUUCCUCUGGUUUUCAGGUAUCUUUGAUUGCUGGCCAUAACAUUUGGGAAUGGAUCUUUCUGGUGGUAAGUGCAUGGAAUGUGGCCCUCUUGCUUGCAUCUUCUGGAAUCGCAGUGGCACAGUGUGACUUACAGCACAGUUUGUUAUCGCCAGAAUUCAUGACUGAAGUCAUUGUCAUUAUUGUGUCAGUUCUUGCUCUUGCAUUUGCUGUAUAUGGGGUUCACGAAGAGCAUCAGUUUGACAUUUAUCUUCAUUUAAUUUUUGCUUUUGCUGCUGAUUUCUUCAGUUACUUAGCAGCUCUUAAGAACUGCUAUUCUUGUUUUAAAAUAGUGUGUUUUUAUGUUUCUGGUGGAAUGACCCUUGUUAACACAUUUUUUGCCUACAAAGCAACCACUGCUGCUGACUGGACGGAAUUUCGUAUCAUCGGAGCAUCAGAAUCUCUUGCUGCUAUGUAUAAAAAACAGUGUGCAUUUUUGUCACUACUAAAAUUUGAUUCUCUCUUUGUUUUAAUUUGUGCCCUGUUCAGUUUUCCUGUAACAUUGGAUUUUCCAAAUAAAACAAAUCUGUAUAUCCUUUUAUGCCUAAUAGUGAUAUAUUCCUUCCUCAGUUGGUUCUGUGGAAAAGUUACGGUAUGCAAGGAAGACAAAUACUUAGCAUCUGGAUUUAUUGUGCUCUGCAUUACCUAUCCAUGUUUAAUAAUAUAUCAGAUGUAUAUGUCAAAUCAUAAAGUGGUAGUAGAAAAUAUACAAUUUCAUCAAACUGCUCAGUAUAUUGGUAUUAUCAUAAUCAUGUGCAAGCUUUCAUUGACCUGCCUGAUGGUGCAGACGUGCCGAACUUUUGGUUACGGAUUAAAUACCAGAUCCUUGGAUGUACUGAAGAAGUGGCUGGAACGCCCUUCAAAGAACAAGUCGAGCAGCAAUGAGGGAACUUGGUUGAAGUUUUUGAAGGAGUCUUGUCACAUCAAGUGUGCAACAAAAGCCAAAGAAACUGAAUACACUUAUAAGGAUAUUUAUAGAUUCUGAUAAGGUUAUUUGAAAACUCUUGAUGUCUCCAAAAAUAUUCCUUUUAAAUUGCAUUUUUCAAUGAUGUUUAUAAAAUGAUUUAUAAUGUUUAUACUAAGUGGAUAAGUUCCUUUAAUCUCUUUUUGCCAUUCCCCGCCCAGUAACUUUUGUAUAAUUUUAUUAUUUUUAUUUUUGUUAUUUCAUGAAUAAUCUUU